CUCCUCGCCUUUCAUCAAACACCUUUCCUUCAUCCCUCCUUCACCCCACCUUCCUCGAUCGCAUCUCCAUGGCCAUCGGGCAAGCAAAUGGAGCCGCCGAGACGAACGGCAAGCCGCCGGGGUUGGCCGCUUUCAGAAUCUUCGUCGGGUACGACUCCCGUGAGGACGCCGCCUUCCAGGUAUGCCGUCACUCCCUCCUCCGGCGCUCCUCCGUCCCGCUCGAGGUCAUCCCCCUCAAGCAGGCCGAGCUGAGGGCCGCCGGCCUCUACACCCGCGGGCGCGGCGCCACCGAGAGCACCGAGUUCUCCUUCACCCGCUUCCUCACGCCCUUCCUGGCGGGGUACCAGGGCUGGGCCAUGUUCGUCGACUGCGACUUCCUCUUCACCGCCGACGUCGCGGAGCUGUCCGCCAUGGCCGACGACCGCUACGCCGUCAUGUGCGUCCACCACGACUACGCCCCCAAGGAGGGCGUGAAGAUGGACGGCGUGCCGCAGACGGUGUACCCCCGCAAGAACUGGUCCUCCAUGGUCCUCUACAACUGCGCCCACCCCAAAAACCGGGCGCUCACGCCGGAGCUGGUCAGCGCCGAGUCGGGGGCCUUCCUCCACCGCUUCAUGUGGCUGGAUGACGACGACGUCGGGGAGCUGCCGGUGGCCUGGAACUUCUUGGUGGGGCACAACCGGGUCGAUCCGACGGACCCCAAGACGCAGCCCAAGGCGAUACACUACACGUCGGGCGGGCCAUGGUUCGAGGCCUACAGGGACUGCGAGUUCGGCGACCUGUGGCUGAAGGAGCUGGAGGAGCUCAACGACGAGAAGCAGCAGCAGCCAGUCGAGCUGUAGUUUGGCUACCGGCUGCUGCAUUACCACGUAGAAACCGCUGUCGUUUGCUGGUGUUUGUCCUUUUGCCUGCGGCCCUAACGUCGCCGGACGCCAUCUGCAGUGUAGAUCUAUCUGUAUGUGUUGGGAAUAACCUGGCGUUCACGUUGCUGUCCGAAGAAGCGACCACCGUGUAGUGUUUUCACCGUUGGCGUUGGCUUUGUCAUGUGUAGCUCUCCUUCGCGUACUACAUAAUUGUUCCUCUUAUCGGUAUUAUUGAUUUGGGAGAAGAAACGAAGCAUUUAAGUGUGCA